UUUUACCCAAAGGUGGAGAGUGGGAUCCGGACGGGUGGCGCUUGGAGCAGGUGAAGAAGCAUCGUUGUUCCAGCUGUGACUUCUGUCCUUUCUCCAGUCGUGAGUCGGAGUCAAGAAAAGACAAGCAUUCUUCUUUUGCGGCUAGGGCUCCAGUGAACUGUUGCCCAGAACCUAGGCACUUCGGACAUUUCAUCUCACUCCUUAUUCCGCUUUCACUGUAUAAAUCAUCUUCACACUUGUAACCCUGUGAAUCUCCGGUCUGCUCAAUGCUCAGAGAAGGGGUCAAACGGGAAUUUCACGUGUUUGAAAGAGAGGAUCGUCACGGACUGCAGGGAGCUGUCUAAGGUGCUGAAGCUUUCCAGGCGUCUGUCUCCAUCACCACACGGAGUAGAUUGCACAUUUUCAUUCCUGGCUUUCUCCUUCCCCAUGCCUUGGAUAAGACUAAUUUCAGGAUCGUGAAUAUCUCGUCGUAUCAUGGCCCACGUGAGACAUUUUCGAACAUUAGUUUCGGGAUUUUACUUCUGGGAAGCAGCACUGCUACUCAGUUUGGUUGCCACAAAAGAAACAGAUAGUGCAAGAUCUCGAAGUGCUCCAAUGUCACCUUCUGACUUUCUGGAUAAAUUAAUGGGGAGGACAUCGGGGUAUGAUGCAAGAAUCAGACCCAAUUUUAAAGGCCCUCCAGUUAAUGUCACAUGCAAUAUAUUCAUAAACAGCUUUGGCUCUAUCGCCGAGACGACAAUGGAUUACAGAGUGAAUAUCUUUCUUCGUCAGAAAUGGAAUGACCCUCGCCUUGCCUAUAGUGAGUAUCCUGAUGACUCCCUGGACCUGGACCCUUCCAUGUUGGACUCCAUUUGGAAACCUGAUUUGUUCUUUGCCAAUGAAAAGGGUGCCAACUUUCACGAAGUUACCACAGACAACAAAUUGUUAAGAAUUUUCAAGAAUGGAAAUGUUCUUUAUUCAAUAAGAUUGACUUUAACACUCUCUUGUCCAAUGGAUCUCAAGAAUUUUCCAAUGGAUGUACAGACAUGUAUAAUGCAACUGGAAAGUUUUGGGUACACAAUGAAUGACCUAAUUUUUGAAUGGCAAGAUGAGGCACCUGUACAAGUGGCAGAAGGACUCACUUUGCCCCAGUUUCUGUUGAAAGAAGAGAAAGAUUUACGAUACUGCACUAAACAUUACAACACAGGAAAGUUUACAUGUAUAGAAGUGCGAUUCCAUCUUGAGCGACAAAUGGGAUACUAUCUGAUCCAGAUGUACAUUCCUAGCCUCCUGAUCGUUAUUCUGUCCUGGGUUUCAUUCUGGAUCAAUAUGGAUGCUGCUCCAGCCAGAGUAGCUUUGGGAAUAACGACUGUGCUGACCAUGACCACACAGAGUUCAGGAUCACGAGCUUCCUUGCCAAAGGUUUCAUAUGUCAAAGCUAUUGACAUUUGGAUGGCAGUAUGCCUCCUGUUUGUGUUUUCAGCACUUCUGGAAUAUGCAGCUGUAAAUUUUGUUUCAAGACAGCACAAAGAACUUCUGAGAUUUCGCAGAAAGAGAAAGAAUAAAACAGAAGCUUUUGCAUUGGAGAAGUUUUACCGUUUCUCAGACACGGAUGAUGAGGUAAGGGAAAGUCGAUUCAGCUUUACAGCCUAUGGAAUGGGACCAUGUCUGCAAGCAAAAGAUGGUAUGACCCCAAAGGGCCCAAACCAUCCUGUGCAGGUAAUGCCAAAAAGCCCUGAUGAAAUGAGAAAAGUCUUUAUCGACCGGGCCAAGAAGAUCGACACCAUCUCCCGAGCCUGCUUCCCAUUAGCCUUUUUGAUUUUUAAUAUUUUUUACUGGGUUAUUUAUAAAAUUCUCAGGCAUGAGGAUAUUCAUCAGCAACAAGAUUAAGUCUCUAGACACAUACAAGUACAAAUCAUCAAUUCAAAAGAAGGUUUCUUUGCCAUAGGUGUGUGUGUAUGUGUGUAUAUGUAUGUGUGGGUGGUGUACAAAUGAUGACCAUUGCAUUAAAAUGGCAUAUGGAAAGGUAUUAUUAGAAUUUGCUAUGCAAAGUCAUGAAGCAGAUUAAGACUCUUUUAUUGGAUAAAAAAAGAUAUAUAUUAUGAGGAUUCUAUUUCAUAUUAAAGAUUAUCUGUCCUUUCACAGUAAAUCAUAUAAGUGGAAGUAUUACUGCCAAUGUGUUUGUAUGUUAUAUAUCACAUAAUAGGACACAUGAAAACGCCUUUGGAAUUCCUUGAUUUUUAAUUCAAUGAUAUUAAAUCUUACAAAAGUAAAAUUUGAAAAAUGAGCUUUAUAAAAGGAAAAGGGGGAAAUGUCGAGGAUAAAAAAGUUAGUAGUUUUGGGCUUUAAAAUAUUUUCUUAUACUGUAGUUACAAAAUAAAAAAAUAAUCAGUUAAUUCAGUGCAAAACUCACUCAACAGUAAAGAGGAUUGUACAUACAAAUGCUAUCAGACCAACUUAUAUAAUAACAAAAGUAAUUUCAAAUUAGAAGAUUAAAAUAAAGACAUCUAUUGUUUAGAUACUAAACUUAAUUCUUUAGAACACUAAAUUUCCCUCUUUGGAAACUUAAAACAAAUGGCUUAAGAGAUCAUAUUAAAUGCAAAAUCUACUUUUCUGAACUUUCUAUCUCUAUGAAUGAAGUUGGAAAUAUUGAAAACAACGCUAUUGUUUUUAAAAUAAGUGUUAUAGCUAUGUAUUUUUAAUGAUUUCCAAACACUGAAAAAUUCAAGCCGGCACCCUUGUUUUGUUAGAUAUUUAAU